AUGACAAAACUUGCAAAACUUGAGUUCAUGGCUUUAGAUAUUACUGGGAAAAACUAUUUGUCAUGGGUAUUGGAUGCUGAAAUACAUUUGAAUGCCAAUAAUCUGGGUGAAACAAUUAAAGAAGUAAAUAAAGCAAAUACCCAAGAUAAGGCAAAAGCCAUGAUCUUUUUACGCCAUCAUAUUCAAGGAUCCACUUGUCCUUUGGACCAAUCUGAAAGAAAGGAAAUGUUGGAAAAAACAUUCUUAAAAUUUCACCCCUCGAAUGUGAUACUUCAACAACAAUAUCGUGAAAGGGGUUUCACCAAAUAUAGUGAAUUAAUAUCAUGUUUGCUUGUGGCCGAGCAAAACAAUGAGCUCUUAAUGAAAAAUCACGAGACUCGUCCGGUUGGAGCAACCCCAAUCCCUGAAGCUAAUGUGGCAACAUAUAAUGGCCAAAGUGAAAGUUACACACAUGGUCGAGGUUAUCAUCGUGGUCGUGGUCGUGGUCAUGGCUGUGGUCGUGGUCAUGGUCGUGGACGUGGCCGAAGAAAUUAUCAUAGUGUUCAGUUUAAAAACAAAGGGACCUGCCAAAGGUGGCAUAAUAAUGAAAAUAAAUCCAGUGAUGAAAAAAAUAAAAAGAAGGUGGGAUCUUCAUUGAAUGCAUGUUACCGAUGUGGAAGUAACAAUCAUUGGUCGAAGACUUGUCGUACGGCCAAACACUUGGUGGAACUUUAUCAACAAUCCAUCAAAGACAAAGCAAAUGGAAUAGAGACAAAUUUUACAUAUGAGGUUGCAAAUGUUGACGUCACUAAUGGUCAUAAAGACCAUAAUGAUACAACUAAUCUGGAUUAUGAUGAUUUCCUUAUUGAGCCAACUAACUUGGAUUCUGGUGAUAUCGUGGCUGAUACAACCCAGUUGGAUGCUUGCAAUUUUCCUAACAUAUAA